AUGUCCGCGGAUCCGCGGCGGCGGCGGCGCCGGGCGACGCUGGCCCCGCCCCCCGGCUCCCCUCCCGCCCCCUCCCUGCCUCCCGCCCGCCCUCGCCGGCCGCUCCCGCCCCUCCCGGCUCGCACGUGGUGCUCCGCGCCGGCCGGGCCACCUCCGCCCGCUGUGGGCGCGCGAGCGGGCCGGGCGGCUGGUGCGGGCCUCGCGGCCACGGGCUCCCCGCCGCCCGGCUCCCGCGGCCGUCUGAGGGCGGUCCGCACCGGCGCGCGGCUCUUGGACCCUGGCUUUGCUGCCUCGAAGCCGAGGAGUGUCUGCUCGUUCAGGAAAGCGUCUCGGCGCCUGCUCUUCCGCCGUUGGGGCCGCGGUGCCGGCGCUGGGGCGGUGACAGCCCGCCGGGAAGGGCCUCUCCUCCGAGGCCGCCGCUGCCUUGGCCUCCCCCAGACAUCUCGGGCAGAAGUGGCCCCUCGCGCGCUCCGUGCGCCGCAGAAGCCGGCGUGGCGUGACCCCCGGACGCGGGCGUGGCGGCCCCGCGGCCCCCACGAGGACCCAGGAAGCCACCGUGCUCCGCGAUGA